CAGAAAAGAACCACUGUGUUAAUUUGAAACCGUAUCCUUUAUUUUUUUUAAAACAGAAUUUUACUAAAGUAGAAUUCCAUUAGCCUAUAGUAGGGAGAAAAAUUAUGAAGUGAUUUUUUACUGUAGCAUUGGUUCUGGUAGAUGAACAACGAUUUGACUAAAGAUUAAUGUAGUUCUGAUGAUACUGUUUUUGUGCAUAUUUACAUAGUGGCGGAUUUAGGGGAAAAUCCAUGGCAUUUAUCUAUAGACAUUUUCCACACAAAAUGAUAUUCCAGUCAGUGUGUAGAUUCACCCAGAGAAAGUUAUCAAGAUAUAGCUUAGUUAAUCAGAAGAAUUUAUCAUGUCACUAUGAUAUCCUUGGCUUACAUAAAUCUGCUUCAAAAAAAGAUAUCCGUGAGGCGUACUUAAAGAAAACCAAGCAGUAUCAUCCUGAUAAAGAUCCUAGUGAUGACAGCCUCCAUGAAAAGUUUGUUGAGGUAACACAAGCAUAUGAAAUCUUAGGAGAUCAGCAUUUAAAAAACAUUUAUGAUGGCAUCAGUCAUCCUAAUAUUGUUUACCAACAAAGAACUCGAAGAAAUUCAACAAGCGGUACCAAUCCCUUUGGUACCUAUGAAGACCCUGGGAGUGAGUGGCACUGGGAUGAAGGGACACGAAGAAAAGCAUACGAUGAAUUCUAUAAAACAUACAAAGAUUACCACAAAGAUUUACAAAAGAAUUAUGAAGAACGGCGAUCUAAGAAUAUACUUUUGCUGUCUUUUCUAUUUCUUCUUAUGGUGGCAAUUGGUGCCUUUAACUUCGCACGAAUAAUGUUGUAUCACAACGAAUUUCAAAAGCACAUGGAUAAAAGAACAGCGGAAAAUGCAGCCUUUCUCAAGGAUAGCCGGACAGGAUAUAAAUCUUUUGUUGCAAAAGUGACGUCUGAAAAAUCGAGUGAAGACAGUCCUUCGUGAGAUCUCUUGGAUAGAUGAUAAACACUAUCCACAUUGAAGGCUGUGCGCAUAGACCUCGCGAUGGUGAAUCGAUAUGGGACAAGUGAUGAAACGAUGUGACGAAUUUCGAGUCUCAACUAGGAGGUCUUCUGUUUCAUAAAAUUUUUCUACAUAUGACUUUAACCCAGCGAUGAAACAACGGGGAUAGUUAGCGUUACCUCUGAAUAAUAUAUUGUUUCUUUCUUGCCUUAUACUAUGUUAUAAUUAUUAUUUCUAUAUAAUAAUUCAUACUAAAUGCUUUAAUUUCUAUGAAAAAAAUAUACAAACAUUUUUUUCUUCACAAAAAAGUGUUAAAAAUGUUGUCUAAUAAGACUAUUUAUGUGCAAUAAGAUAUGGUACUGCACAUGCGUCAAUUUUUUUUAAAAAAGUUUUUUUGUGUGGACUGAAGUUUGUAAAAUAUUUAUUUAACAGCACGCAUAUCUCAAGGAUAGAAAUAUUUACUGGAAAUUUUGAUCCCUGUUCGCAAAAUUAAGCUCCGCAAAAUCACACUUUUCUUGACCCCAUUGCAAGAAUAAGUCCUCCAAUUGUUUUUUAAAAAACUUUUCAAUUGAAACAACACUGGAAGACAAUGAGUAAGCCGAUAAUCUUUUAACAAUGUAUUGCAACUGACAUUUGGUCUUUGUAUUAUGUUGCGCAGAACCAAUCACU